GUGUGGAAGCUCAAGCCGAAGAAGACAGAGGCAAGGACAAUCCAGGGUAUGGAAGCUUGUGCGUAUCCUCAAGAAAAGAAGAAGGCCGGGAGCGGGAACGAAGCCGUGCAGGCUCGCCUGCAUGGUGUCCCAGGUGCGUGGUCUCAGUCGAAGAAGGCGGAGGCAGGGACGAGGCCGGCGCAAUAUGGGGUUCCAGGCGCGUGGGCUCAGCCCGAAGAAGGCGGAGGCGGGGACGAGGCCGGAGCUGGGGUCCCAGGUGCGAAAGCGGAGGCGGGGACGAGGCCGGAGCGCUUAUCCUCGACCAACGUGGAGUCCCAGGUACGCGAUCUCGGCCCGAAGAAGGUGAAGGUGGGGUGCUUGAAGCCAGAAGAAGGCGAGCUUCAAGAGGAGGCGACAACAAGCUCGAAGGACUUACUCUCAGAAUACGUUCCCGGCGCGUGGUCUCAACCUGAAGAAGACAGAGGCGGCGACAAGGUGCGCGGUCUCAACUGGAAGAGGAUGGAGGCGGGAACCAGGCCGGAGCACUUCUCCUCAACCAAUAUCGGGUCCGAGGUGCGUGGUCUCAACUCGAACAGGAAGCUCAAGCUGAAGAAGACAGAGGUGUGGAAGUUCAAGCUGAAGAAGACACAGGCGUGGAAGCUCAAGCUGAAGAAAGGCAAGGACAAGGUGCGUAUCCUCAAGAAGAAGAAGGCCGGGUGCGUGGUCUCAGUCGAAGAAGGCGGAGGCAGGGACGAGGCCGGAGCACUCAUCCUCAACCAAUAUGGGGUCCCAGGUGCGUGGUCUCAGCCCGAAGAAGGCGACGAGGCCGGAGCGCUUAUCCUCAACCAAUAUGUUCCAGGCCGGCGCAAUAUGGGGUUCCAGGCGCGUGGUCUCAGCCCGAAGAAGGCGGAGGCGGGGACGAGGCCGGAGCUGGGGCCGGAGCGCUUAUCCUCGACCAACGUGGAGUCCCAGGUACGCGAUCUCGGCCCGAAGAAGGUGAAGGUGGGGUGCUUGAAGCCAGAAGAAGGCGAGCUUCAAGAGGAGGCGACAACAGGCUCGAAGGACGUACUCUCAGAAUACGUUCUCGGCGCGUGGUCUCAACCUGAAGAAGACGGAGGCGGCGACAAGGCCGGAUCGCCUAUCCUCAACUGUCAUGGGUUCCCAGGUUCGUGGUCUGGAGAAAACAGAAGCCGAGACCAGGCCGGAGUGCCUAUCCUCAAGCAAUAUGGGGUCCCAGGUGCGCGGUCUCAACUUGAAGAGGAUGGAGGCGGGAACCAGGCCGGAGCACUUGUCCUCAAUCAAUAUCGGGUCCGAGGUGCGUGGUCUCAACUCGAACAGGACGGAGGCGAGGAGAGGCCGGAGCACCUAUGCAAGGACAAGGCUGGGAGGGCCCAUCCUCAACCAACAUGGGGUUCCGAGGUGCGGAAGUUCAAGCUGAAGAAGACACAGGUGUGGAAGUUCAAGCUGAAGAAGACAGAGGCGUGGAAGCUCAAGCUGAAGAAGGGCAAGGACAAGGCGCUCAUCCUCAAGCAGAAUGCGGGCAAGCCACGAAAGAGCGAAGAGGUGCAGCCGCCACGCUUAUCCUCAACCAGAAUGGGGGCCAGGGGAAAGAGGCGAAGAGGUGCAGCCGCCACGCUUAUCCUCAACCAGAAUGGGGGCCAGGGGGAAGAGGCGAAGAGGUGCAGCCGCCACGCUUAUCCUCAACCAGAAUGGGGGCGAAGAGAUGCAGCCGCCACGCCUAUCCUCAACCAGAAUGGGGGCCAGGGGGAAGAGGCGCAGCCGCGAAGAGGUGCAGCCGCCACGCAUAUCCUCAACCAGAAUGACGCUUAUCCGGUGCCAGGCGAAGAG